AUGUCAGAAAGCCUUCGACACCAUCAAGGCUUACCUGGUUUAGUUGUCGGUGUUGGUCCCUCCUACACCGGGUCGUCCUCUCAUCAUAUACUUGGCAAGAUUGUGACAAUACACUCUCUACCAGACCAUCCGUUUGCUGUCAAAAGCGCAUCCCCUGAAGUACUUGACAGUUUGUCCUCCAUAAGGAACAUCGCGAAGUGGCGCUGCCAACUGACCGAGUACAAUAUUGAGUAUGUGUUGCGCACAUCAGUUAAAGGGCAAGCAAUCGCGGACCUCCUGGCGGAAUUCCCGAUCAAGGACGACACCCCGAUCAACUCCAACUUCCCAGACGAAGGUAUCCUCCAAGUGGACGAUGAGGAGGAUAGACCCGUGUGGAAGAUGUAUCUUGACAGUGCGAUCAAUUCCACCGGGUCUGGUAUCGGCGUAGUGGUGAUAUCCCCUGAUGGGCGCCAUUAUUCUGUGGCAAUAAAGAUCGAUUUUCCUUGCACCAAUAAUGUGACCGAGUAUGAGGUGUGCAUCCUUGACCUGCAGGCAGCGAUUGACUUCAAGACGAAAGACGCGAAGCUAGUGCCGUACCACGAGUACCUCGAAGAGUUGACAAAGAACUUCAAGAAGGUUUUGUUCACGUAUAUGCCACGGAUCAAGAAUCAGUUUAUAGACGUGCUGGCAACGCUCGCAUCCAUAUUGAGUAUCACUAAAGAAAAUCUUAUCGAGCUUCUUAAGAUUGAGAUUGCCGAGGGCCCUGCCCACUACGACGCGAUUGAAGUUGCCGACGGAAAGCCUUGGUACGAAGACAUUAUGCAUUUUCUGCAAACUGGUCAAUACUCAGCAUUCGUCAACCGUCACGACCCAAAAACACUCCGGCAUCUCGCAGCGUAUUACUUCCUAAGCAGUGAGACGCUCUACUACCGCUCCUUCGACGCCACGCUACUCUGA